AUGGCAUCACAAGAUUUGGUCGGGCGCCCUUUGGUGCCGUUCUUUGACAAUGACGAGAACGUGAAUGACUCGCUUCAAUUUGCAGAGGGAGACGACGAGCGGGAGGAAAUGAAGAUCGAUGCGCGUGUCUGGGACAAAGAUCUCGGUUACUUUGUGUACCCAUCGGAGGAGCAGACAUCAGUAACAACUGAAGCAGAAACUCGGGAUUUGAGGACAGACAGUGGUAAACUAUUGCUUACGCCGUCUAUGAUGCUAUCAUCACGUAGCGCACCAAACUCGUCGGUUGCAGACGGAAAUCUCCUGCAAGCUACUACAGAUGGCGCGAGAUCGCACAGCAGCUCAGUAAAGCGGGGAUCGAAACCGAAGACUCGAUCCAAUACGCCUGGACGACGACGGAAGGAAAAUGAAGGAGUCGUGGACGUGUUCGCAGCAAACACGUCGUCAAGAAAGGGAAAAAGUAGGGGAAGUAAUACGAACAGCAAUGGCACUCAAUCCAGCAACAGUCAGCAGUCGCGUACUGGUAAACAAAAGGAGCAGCUUUCAGCCGCAGGAAAGUGGGCCUGGUCAGCUUUCCAGAAGUCACCUGACCCGACGGAGCUCCCGAUGCCACCAUUUCUCAUUAAACCGAUCGCAGGCUUGAGCAAUGACGAUGAAUCGUCUUCGAUGACGACUUCACCAACACUCUCGCCGCCGCAUACGCCGCCGUCUGAUCAGUAUACAAUUGCGCCAACUGCGUCACCGCUCCUACCAGGUCCACCUCCUGGACUGGCACCGCAGCCUUUAUUGCCAUCGAUACCGACGGCACCCCCGGAAGUAAAAACGACAACCUCGAUAUCCGUCGAGUUAUCGAUGACUCAAGAUCUUCGAAGAAUGCUGAAUAUCGGUGGAGGUUGA